AUGAGAAGCGAGGAUUCUUCGCAACAAGGGGGAGAACCGGAGGUAAACUUAAAUAAUCUAUAUCAGACGGGCUUCAUGAAGAAAACUAAAGAAGCUGAUACGAUCAAGUUAAAAAAGAAAACUCUGGCUAAAAAAUUCAAGAAUAUCAAGGAAGUCAAGAUUUUUCGAAGGGAUCAUGUAUCUUCAAGAUUAGGAAAGGGCAAAGUCAACAUCAUUUCCGAAAAAGUUACUGAGGAAGAUCUAACGUUGACCGAGACGGAAAGAAUUGCAAGAGAGAAGAGGGACAAGGAACUUGAUGAGCUCAAUGCCUAA